AUGACAUUCGAUGACAUUGAUAAUCAAUUAGGCGGCUUAAAACCAUUAUUAGCUCCUGGAAGUCUAUUCCUUGUCAAAGACAUUAAUAAUAACAAUCUUAACAGUGAUGCAUAUGUAAGUUGGGUUUGUGGUAUGGCUUAUCCGAAAUGCUUACAAAGUAAUACCAGCAGUUUACUUUUACCAUGCAAGAGUACAUGUGAAAAUGCAGCUCUGUUUAAAAACAUAACAUUACCAAAAAUAAGAAAAACCAUAUUGGGAGACAUACAAAAUUACAACCUAUUUCUGGAUGAUCUUCCGAACCCAGAUUGUAAUAAGAACAUAAGUUCUACAUCAGUAUUCGGUUUAUCCGAGGCAUAUAAUUUUCGUUACAAGGAAAACACGAAAGUUUGCUAUGCAGCACAGAUAAAUUCAACGGCAUCUGCGAUGUGUUAUCCCCCAUUAGUGGCAAAUUCGAGCAAUUCCAUGGAUGAAUUGAAAUACUGUGCUAAUGGUUGUUGUGUUCCAUGCCCUCAGAGUUACGCUUUGUACAAAAAAGAUCGAUUAAAACAUUGGUACAACGCAACACAGGUCGUGAGGGUAAUGUCGGCGAUUGGAAGUUUGAUAAUGUUACUGUCAUAUUGUGUCUUACCUGGAAAAAAAUCACAUCCGAGUAUUUUGAUUUUAUUCACGUCGCUGGCGAUAUUUCUGUAUUCGUCAAAUGUACUUUUUUCAAUUGGAAAUGCGCCAAAAAUUCAAUGUCAUACUGAAAUUAUUCCAAGCAAUCAAGAUAAUAACCCUCUAUGCGGCUUACAAGCCUCACAUAAAGUGAAAUACGAAUUUGCCGCUUUAUGUUUAAUUGAACAACAAUCCGCGAAUUCCAUGUUCUUUUAUCCAAUUGCUGCGUUUGUGUUACCAAGUUUCUUCAUACAUGUUGCAACUUUUGUUCAUAUUGCAAAGAUUUCAACACAAAGUUAUUCCAAUAAUUCCGAUUCAGACAACAGUGAUAUCGAAUUCAUACCACAUAGAACUCACGUGCUCCACGCAGUAAAAAUACAAUGGAGAGCACUGGUGCUUGCCGUACUUCUAUUAACAACUACAAUCAGUUAUUGGCUUUUCUAUUUCAUCUCGUUAAGAAAAAUAGCUGGUGGGCCUCAAAAUGCAUCGUUAUUCGACUGGCUUAAAUGCGUUGCAUAUGGUAAAGGACAAGAUUUCUGUACAAAAUUUGCUGCUGAAAAGAUUCCUUCACUGGGAUUACUAGCUGCUGCGGAAAUGUCUGUUAGUCUUCUUGGAAUAUAUUUGCUGGUUAUAUUUACGAAUCGGUCGUUGUGGCUUGAAUGGGGACAUUGGUUUAGUAAAAAAUUUCGACCUCGAAAUAAACUUAAAGUUCCAUCUCGAUUUUUUGCUUCUUAA